GGAGAAUCGGCGUUCAUUUCGAAUUCAGUGGGGCUUCAUGGACGAGCGGGCAUGGCUACGCGAGUUAGACUUUUACAGGUCAUAACGUUGUUCCUGUUUUUCUUUCACGACGCAGUAUCAGCAGCAAAUGCAGGAAGGAAAGGAAAUUCGGAAAAGUGUGGUUACAAGGGAGUCCAGUCCAGUUCAGAUGAGAGUGGACGAAAGCUCAUCACAUUUCGAAAUGACAACUGCUCUUUGAACUGGAACCUAUGGGGGAAGCAUGCUAUUCAUGAAGUGAACAACAUCACCUUCAGCCAUUUGGCUUGUGAUAACCAGGCAGCUGUAAUGGUCCAUUGGAUGGCGAGUCCACUUGGGAUAGAACAUGUGAAGGGCUUUCGAGUAUAUCUGGAGGACAAGAACCCAGAGGGAAAGCAGUGUCAACACAUGAUCCUGAAAGAUCCGCGCCAACUCAAUUUCUCCUUUAAGAAUGUUAAAGUGAGCUCUCAGCCCUUCGUCGGUCUGGCCUUCGACAUGGACUACAUGGUCCGGAUUGUUCCCUUUCCCACCUUCAUGAACGACAGCUUCUUCCCUCCUUCCUUUCUGCGCACUAACAGUUGUGAAGUGCUUCUUGGCCCAGACAACCUUGUCUGCAAACCAUUUUGGAAGCCCAAGACGCUAAACGUCUCCCAAAUCGGCUCAAACUUGCAAGUUGUGUUCGAUCCUGCUCCUCCUGCGUUUGGAUAUAACACCUAUUACCUCUACUAUAAGUUGCGUCAGGAGGGCCACUUCAGACUGAAACGCUGCAAACCGGAGCUCAAUAGCCCAAAAACAACAUGUGUUCUUCAAGAUGUCACCCCGGGAACGUAUGCAAUAGAGCUCCGCGAUGACGCAAACAACACGAGAAGACAGACGCAGUACCACGUGAGCCAAGUGCAUUCUCCCUGGGCCGGUCCAAUCCGCGCCAUGGCCAUCACCGUGCCUCUGGUCAUCCUGUCCGCCUUCGCAACCCUCUUCACCGUCAUGUGCCGCAAGAAACAGCAAGAGAACAUUUACUCCCACCUCGAUGAAGAGAGCUCCGAGUCGUCAUCUCACACCACCGUUUUGAACACGGAGAGGCCCCGGCCCCGGCCCAAAGUCUUCAUCUGCUACUCCACGAAGGACUGCCCCAAACACCUUGCCGUCAUCCAGAGCUUCGCCUUCUUCCUGCAGGACUUCUGUGGCUGUGAUGUGGUGUUGGAUCUUUGGGAGCAUUUGGAGAUUUGCAAGGAAGGUCAGAUGGCCUGGCUGAGCCGAAACAUUGACGAGGCUCACUUCCUCAUCACCGUGUGCUCCAAAGGCCUCAAGCACUUUGUGGAGAAGAGGCAGCAGAAAGGGAAGGCCGCGUCGAAGGAAAGGAACAGAGAGCUGCCCGCGGGCAACGCGAGCAGCAGGGACCUGUUUGUCGUGGCGGCCGCCCUGAUCGGCGAGAAGCUGCGCGACGCCCGCCAGAGCUCGGCCGACCUCUCGCGCUUCAUGGCCGUGUACUUCGACUACUCGCGCGAGAGCGACGUGCCGACGCAGCUCGCCCUGGCUCCCCGCUUCAAGCUGAUGGACCAGCUGCCGCAGCUUUUUGCGCGUCUCCACUCGCGGCAGCUCAACCUCCCUGAGUGCGAGCCGCAGCCGCCUAACGUCAGCAAGCGCAACUACUUCCGCAGCAGGUCUGGCCGCUCGCUCUACGUGGCCAUCUGCAACAUGCACCAGCACAUUGACCAAGAGCCCGACUGGUUUGAGCGGCAGAUCACGCCCCUGUCCCUGGUAUCGCCAGCCCCACCCUCUGGCCGCAAGCGCGACUCGGGCCUCGCGCUCAACGAGGUGGUGCUGAAGCGGCCCAGCGACAGCGAGCAGCCCAUCAGGAACAGCAUUUGCGUUCCGCCCGUGGUGUCGCAGCAUGGGGUCUUCUCGCUGUCUGGCCCUGCCUCGAAUCUGGUGGCAGGUGACGCAGGGGAGAGUUCGGCCGCUGCCGUGGCGUCCUCUAGCCAGGAGGCGAGGGCUUCGCCGAGGCCUCCGUGUCAUGCCGAUGGCUCUGCGAGUCCCCCGGAAAUGCCCAGAGACUCGGGUAUCUAUGACUCUUCGGUGCCCUCCUCAGAGCUAUCCAUCCCGUUGAUGGAGGGGCUUUCCCCAGACCAGGCUGACUCUUCGUCCUUAACCGACAGCAUAUCAUCAUCCUCUGGACUAGGGGAUGAGGAGCCCCCUGUUGGCAGCUCGCUACAUACCACCGUCUCCACCAUCUGUAAGGCAGAGCUUCACCACAGCCUGGAACAGGGUGAGGCACUCGAAGCACCAGGCUCCCCCUAGUGUCCUUUGCCUGGAUAUGCAUUGCCACUUUACUGCCUUCAUUUUCAUGUGACUCAAGUGAACAAGCCCUCAUGUGGAAUCAAAAGUGAAGAACCCCAUGGUUUCUUGUGUGAGAAUCUGGAGGCUUUCACUGAGUCAUUACAGAAGAAUUUUACUGAACAAGGGGACUGUUAAAGAAAGCAGGUACACAGUAUGUGGCAAGGAUGUGCUAUCUAACCAAAGCGGCUGUGCAUAUUUUUUGUGUACAUCCUUCUUCUGUAGUCUUUAGCACGAAGCAUUGAGUAUAGCAUAAAACUGUUUUAUUCAUCAAGUCCAUCAAAUGACCAAUUACUGUUUACCACUUCAUGAAAAGUCUCAUUUAAACUUCAGUGUGGUGGUGUGUUGGGUUUAUGGUACCAGGAAAAUGUGGUGUUAACCAUAUUUUGAAUGUGGAAAUGGGUAAGCUUCUAAUUCUUCUUUUUUUUUUAAUGUUGACUUUUAUUUAUUUAUUUUAUAUUAACGUUUAUCACUGUUGGUCCCUAUGACACACAGAGAAGUUUGAGAAAUUCUGUAUACUCUGACAUGAUACACAUUCAGCUAUUGUGCAAAAAUGCUAUUUUACCCACUGGUGAUUUUGUUUAUAAUGACUGUUUUGGUGGAGUACUCAUUUCAAGAGCAUUUUUAUUACAUACUUUUGGUGUUGUGGUUUGAAUGUCAGAGCAAAGGCUACAAUAAAUGAACCAGAUUAUGCAAAUAUUUCGAUUCCAAUAAAGUGAAGAGCAGCAAAUAAUUGUAGAUAUUUGAAUUUACAUUUGUCAAUUUACUGAAAAUCUACUUUGUUUUUGUACAGUUUUUAGAAUAUUAGAAGUGAUUUCUACAUUAUAUAUGAACAUUGUACUGUUUUAUAGUACUUUCAUGUAGGAAAUACAUGUUAAUAAAACACAAAUUUUUAUUUGUA